ACUCACACACUCUCAUCUCUCUCUUUCUCACUCUGUGCGUGUGUAUGUGCGUGUGUGUGUGUGUGAGACAGCAAUGGAGAUGGUUGUGCCUGAUGUGUGUGCAUCAGGCGAUGGGCCCACCUUAACCUUCCAGAACAUUCACUAUGUCAUCGGGGAGCGGACCAACCUCUGCACGCGCUCACGAGUGGACAAGGACAUCCUCAAGAAUGUCAGUGGGAUCAUGAAAACAGGCAUGAAUGCCAUCAUGGGGCCAACAGGAAGUGGGAAAACUUCGCUGCUGGACGUCAUUGCAGGGAGGAAGGAUCCCCGAGGCCUGCGUGGUGGCCAGGUCCUUGUUGACGGACAGCAGGUGACCUCUGAACUCCGGCUAAGCUCCGCCUACGUGGUGCAGGAUGACAUACUGAUGGGAACACUUUCAGUCAGAGAGAGUCUUCUCUUCUCCGCCAAUCUAAGGUUACCACGGCAACUGCAUUCCGCUAGUGUUAAGAAAGAGAGAGUGGAGAGCAUCAUCCAGGAGCUGGGACUGCAAGACUGCGCCGACACUAAGAUAGGUACGGAGUUCUUGCGGGGGGUGUCUGGUGGUGAAAGGAAGCGCUGUAGUAUUGGCAUGGAGCUGAUCACUUCCCCCUCCCUCCUCUUCCUGGAUGAGCCAACCACAGGGCUCGAUUCCAACACAGCCAAUAGCAUCAUGGCCCUGCUGCACAGGUUAUCUCGGUGCGGUAAGACCAUCAUCUUCUCCAUACACCAGCCACGGUACUCUAUCUUCAGGCUGUUUGAUCACCUCACUCUCCUGCAUAAGGGAGAGGUGGUAUACGUCGGGCCCACAAGCAAAACCAUGGACUACUUCAAGAGCUUGGGCUAUGAAUGUGAGCCUUUCAACAAUCCUGCAGAUUUCUUCCUGGACAUUACCAACGGAGAAACCAAACCCCAAUCCAAACCAGACACAGAAGAGAAGUCUUUGGCUGCUCUGUAUCGGGAGUCAUCAUUCUACAAUGAUGUCACAAAGGAGCUCUCGCAUGUGAUUGGUCCUGCUGACUCUGUAUCCAGGGCGACGCGUCCACAGCAGUCUUAUGCCACAUCCUUCUUUUACCAGUUCCAGGUGGUGUGUUGGCGGACUGUGCUGAAUAUUGUGAGGAAUCCACAGACUUCUUAUGCUCAACUGGCACUACAGGUGUUCUUUGGCCUGCUAGUGGGACUCAUCUACUUCCAAAUACCACACACACUCCCUGAAGCCUUACAGAACAGGAUUGGAGCUUUCUUCUUCCUCGUCAUCAACAUGGUGUUUGGAAACCUGUCAGCUGUGGAACUAUUCAUCAAUGAGAGAGCACUGUUUGUGCAUGAGAAUUCUGGUGGAUAUUAUCGUACAUCAGUCUACUUCCUGUCUAAGAUAUUUAUAGACCUGAUUCCAAACCGCGUCAUUCCAAUAUUCAUUUUCUCAAGUAUAUCCUACUACAUGAUGGGUCUGAAGCCAGCGUUCACUGCGUUCCUGCUCUUCUCGAUGACCAUGUCUAUGGUCAGUCUGGCGGCCGUAUCGUUAGCCUUCCUCGUCAGCGCCAGCGUGAGCUCCUUCGCUAUGGCCAACAUCCUCAUCGCCCUGCCCUUCGUCUUCAUGAUGGUGUUUGGGGGUUUCCUGGUGAACCUUAACACUAUGCUCAGCUGGUUGUCAUGGCUGCAGUGGGUUAGUGUAUUCAGAUAUGGAUUACAGGCUGUGACCAUCAAUGAAAUGAAGGACCAGGUUUUUACCAGCAACUUUACCAUUAUGACAGGGGAGAUGUAUAUGGAUCAGCAGGGCAUAGACUACAGCCAUUGGGGGUUCUGGCAGAACCAAGUGGCUCUGUUUGGCAUCAUGAGUGUGUGCAUGAUCCUGGCCUAUAUUCAGCUGCUCCGCAUCAACCGCUGGAAAUGACACACAGGUGGUGGAGAUGAUAACAUCAGUCCAGGGAUCAAUAAAGUAUCUAUCUAUCUAUCAGUCCAGGGAUCAAUAAAGUAUCUAUCUAUCUAUCAGUCCAG